AUGGCCUCUCCACAGCGAGGGUCGCAAGACACCUUCGCCUCACCUACCGCCAUAUCUCCUUCGGUGGGAUAUCCAUUCCCAACGACGCCCCUGACGCCACAGCCAAGACCCUCUCGUGGGCAUUUUCAUCGGGGGUCUACGGCCAGCUCGAUGACAAGCAUCGGUGGAGCGUUGAACACAGCUGAGAAUCGCAACGCAACACCGGAGCUAGGGCAGAAUGCCAUAUCUACGCUUCUACAACACCCAAUCCAGCGGACAGGGCUGCAGGCACACGCUCCACUCUCAGGAUCAGGAUACAAAGCGCCUACGCAACGCGAUAUUCCGCCCGUCGCCCUGACGAAUAUUCCGCAUAUCGAGUCCAAAGCAUUCCACCCAUAUCUUGCACAAGUCGGCUCGUUGUACGAGGCGUUUCAGCGGGCCAAGAGUGAAUCGGAUGGAGACACAGCACUUUUCCAAAGAGACCGCACAAAUUCAAGAGAUGAGGAAUGGCAGGCUGCACUGGCAAGACGGCCUGGGGUUUCGCGGACUAGCUCAACGAGCUCUCUACUCACUUCUCCUGUGGAGACCCCAUCACCGAAACGAAGAGCGAGUGCGCAGAAGAGGUCCGCCGUCACGCCACUUUCAACCAUACCACCAGUCUACUCCGAGGACGAUUUCCAUCUAGAGAACCCCCGGACGUUCGACAUUGUGUCGGAGAAUGCUGAGCUAGUUCGAGAUCCUAAAGCCACUCCUACGGGUCGAAAGUCAUUGGCCACCAAUGCUAUAUUGCAGGAGAAGCUGUCGUGGUACAUGGAUACGGUGGAAGUUCACCUAAUAUCGUCAAUAUCGACCGCGUCAAAGUCAUUCUUCUCGGCUCUGGGGUCGUUACGCGAGUUGCAUGCCGAAGCCGAAGGCUCGAUCGAACGGAUACAGAAACUGCGCAAAGACUUGGCUAAACUGGACAAGGAAAUGGCGAUGGACGGUCUGAAGGUGGUCAAUCUGAAGCAGCGCCGAGAGAAUGUACGAAAGUUGGCCGAAGCUAUCAUGCAACUCGAAGACAUCGUCAGCGCCGUGCGCGAGUGUGAAGAUCUUGUCGAUAAAGGAGAAAUUGAUGGUGUUUUGGAUAAUCUCGACGACGUUGAACGGCUUAUACGGGGUAAGGAAAGCUUACAUCGCAAUGGAGUAAUUGAGGAGAGAUACAGCAGACGCGAUCUAAGCAGUAUCAAAGCACUUGACGGGGCUUUUGAAGAUCUUGGGCAAAUACGGUUCCGUAUUGGGAAAGGCUAUGAGGAUCGUUUUCACACAUCACUUCUCAACGAUCUCAGACGACAUGUAGAGAAGACGAACACUUCAACGACACUGGAAAGAUGGGGUUCGAGUUUCAACAGGCCGAAGCCCGGUCAGAAAAGGAUGCCGUCGGCAUUUCCCGGUUAUAUGAACAUUGGCAACGAGCUCCGGGCUGAGCUCGAAGCGGAGAUGAAAGGCCUUGCGCGAGCGAAACACACCAUACCGGCCGCAACCGCGUUUCGAGCACUUGUGCUACGCGAGAUUAAGAACAUAAUCAGGAAGCAGCUUCCUAGCUCCAACGAUGACGAUGCCGUCUCGAGUAUAUCAGCAUCUACACACGGAGGUAGAGGCCUAUCACAGCAGGAGAAGUCUUCGAUUCUAGCCCGCAACCUUCGGGCAUUGGACCCGGAGGACUGGUACAAUAUGCUUGCCAGUAUCUACACUAAUACCAGUGAAGCCAUGAGGAGAUUGAGCGUACAAGUCAAAAUCCUUCUCGACAUUACCAGCAACCUACCAGAUGGGUCCGUCAAGUCUCCCGACCCUGAGCGAGCUGCGAGUCCACGAGCCGCUGGCAGACCUCGAUCCAUGAGCAGCGUCCAGCAGGAAAUGCAGCAAGCCUUAGACCUUUCAAGUCUUCUUGGCGAAGGCGUGGAUCUUAUCCAAAACCAACUGACGAAAGUGGUCAAAGUACGGUCGCAGCAAAACGCAGACCUGCCUUUGAACGACUUCCUGAAGUAUUUCACUCUGAACAGACUCUUUGCAGAUGAGUGCGAGGCUAUUUCUGGCCGCAGUGGCACCGGUCUCAAAGCAGUUCUGGAUAGUCAGAUCAAGGAAUUCGUCACGAAAUUCGGCGAGUCGCAGACGGCGAAUGUCAUCAAGGUGCUGGACGCCGACAAAUGGGAUGCCAAAGAUUUCGGCGAACACGAGAGUCUCAUAUUGAGCCAAGUACAGGCUGGUAGCACCGAUGACCAAGCUGUCUGGCUCGAGAGCACAAAAGUGUGGGAGACUAGUAAAGCAUCACAGCCUACGACCAAUGGAACGACUACCAAUGGGACAUCUACGCCGUCGAAAGACACCAAGGUGCGACUGGCCACGCUCGAUGAACAGAAAUACAUCCUGCCCGAAUCUGCUGCCGCGAUGUUGGCGUCGCUUGAGCAAUUCGAGCAUCUAGCGGCUGGAAUACCUAGCAUGUCUUCUGAGAUCGCCGGUGCUUUGCUCAAUACGCUGAAGAUAUUCAAUAGUCGGUCGUCUCAGCUCAUUCUUGGUGCUGGUGCAACACGGUCUGCAGGACUCAAGAAUAUCACUACUAAGCAUUUGGCGUUGUCAUCCCAGGCUCUAUCGUUCAUUGUGGCUCUGACACCGUACAUACGCGAGUUCUUCCGGCGACAUCUCGCUCAAUCGGCAAUGCAGCAAACAAUGUCCGAGUUCGACAAUGUCAAGCGCCGUCUGCAGGAACACCAGAUGGCCAUUCAUGAGAAGCUGGUCGAAAUCAUGUCUGGACGCGCCGCUAUGCACGUCAAGUCGAUGAAGGCGGUCGAUUGGGAAGAAGCAGCCAAGAACAAGUCCGUGGCAGUCUCGCCAUAUAUGGAAACCUUGACUAAGGAGACGGCAACAUUACAGAAGGUGUUGGGAAAGCACUUGCCCGAAUCUAUUGUGGCUGGUAUCAUGGGCCCUGUCUUUCAGAAUUACAGACAGUCCUGGGAGAAGGGCUUCGGUGAGGUGGAACUCCGCAGUGAGGCUGCCAAAGACAGGCUUGUUGCAGAUGCUCAGUACUUCGAGUCUCGAAUGUCGAAGCUUGAUGGUACUGGUGAUCUCGGAGAGCACAUCCUCAACGUGGCUAAGCAGAAAGAGGUAGUGUCUGCCUCAUCGCCAUCCGCCUCGGCCAACCCCAAUACCUCUGAAGCGUCUACCAAUGGCUCCAAUGAGGCAGGCAAUACUUAG